GUGUUGUGUGCGGUAAGGUCGAGAAGAAUCUCGGGAGCACAAGUCGGUCCGCUUGGUUCGUGCUUCUAAUCAAUCAAAAUAGUCAAUAUUGGCUUACAUUGUACUAUCUAUCAGUCGCCGCCCCACACAACAAAAAGCGUACACAUUAGAUAACGUUCGCUAUAGAAAACGCGAUUCGUGGUGCCGCUCGUGAAGAUGAUUCGUUCAGUUUUGGUCCUGCGCUCCGCCAGCAAGUGGUACGGUCCCGGAUUUCGUUUGAGUUUAAGCUCGGUGACAACUUGUACUGAGAGAACGAUGCAUAGCAAUCCCUUGAAGCUAAGUCAGGCCUUUGUCAAUGGGCGCUGGAUUGGAGCCCGCUCGGGUGCAACGUUCGAUGUGCAAAAUCCUGCCAAUGGUCAGGUUUUGGGCGCGGUACCGGACAUGAACCGGGAAGACGUGCAAUUGGCCAUCGAUGCAGCGUAUGACGCUUUCUAUCAGCCAAGCUGGUACAACAGUACCGCGAAGGAGCGGUCAGCAAUGCUGAAGAACUGGCACGCGGUGAUGGAAAAGAACCGCCAGGAGAUUGCCAGCAUUAUGACGGCCGAAUCGGGCAAACCGUUGGUUGAAUCGUUGGGUGAAGUUACGUACGGUAACUCGUUCGUCGAGUGGUUUGCUGAAGAGGCACGGCGCAUUUAUGGUGAAAUCGUUCCCUCGCCCGUUGCGAACCGGCAGAUUAUGAUGACGCGCCAUCCGGUCGGUGUGGCGGGUCUGAUAACACCGUGGAACUUUCCUCAUGCCAUGAUUACGCGAAAAGCGGCCGCUGCCAUCGCGGCCGGCUGUACGGUGGUAAUUAAACCGGCCGAAGAUACGCCUCUGACGGCGCUUGCGUUGGCACGGCUGGCGGAAGAAGCUGGGUUCCCGAAAGGUGUUAUCAACGUGAUAACGAGCAGCCGAACGCAUGCAGCCGAAAUCGGGCAGCUGCUUUGUGGUAGCGAUAAGGUGGCGGCCAUAUCGUUUACCGGAUCGACUGAAGUUGGCAAGCUACUCUACCGGCAGUGUGCCGACGGUGUUAAGCGCAUAGGACUUGAGCUUGGCGGUAACGCACCGUUUAUUGUAUUUAAAUCGGCCGACAUGGAGAAAGCGCUUACCGGUGCGAUGAAUUCGAAAUUCCGCAACUGUGGCCAGACAUGCAUUUCUGCCAAUCGAUUCCUUAUUCAGGACGAGGUGCACGAUGAAUUUGUGGAGAAGCUCAUCGAACGUAUCCGCAAGCUUGCGAUAGGAGAUGGAAGUCGGGAAGGCGUACAGAUUGGUCCUCUUAUCAAUCAAGCACAGCUAACGAAAGUGGAUCGUUUUGUGCAGGACGCAAAGGAGAAAGGAGCAACAAUACGCUGCGGUGGCCAAACUUUGCCCAAACAUGGUGCGCUUUACUACGAACCAACGGUCGUAACGGAUCUUCGGGACAACAUGCUCCUGUACAACGAGGAAGUGUUCGGUCCGGUGGUGUCGGUAGUACGGUUCAAAACGGAAGCCGAAGCACUUGCCAUUGCCAACGGAACACGGCGUGGAUUGGCCGGAUAUUUCUUCUCGAACGAUCUGAACCAAGUGUUCCGUGUGGCACGCCAGCUAGAGACGGGCAUGAUCGGUAUUAACGAGGGGCUCAUCUCUGCAACCGAGGCUGCAUUCGGUGGAAUCAAAGAAUCGGGAAUCGGACGUGAAGGUUCACGCCAUGGGAUCGAUGAAUACGUCUACAUUAAAUAUCUCUGCUAUGGUAACCUACAGCAGUAA